AAUAAUUUUAUGCACUUCCGAACGUUCCCGGGUAAAGAUUUAGUCUGUCAAGGUGGCAGCUCUGAGUGACAACUCUGUGUUUUGUUUCCGAUUUCAGAUGUAUUGAUUUACAAUGGCUGUGUGUGUUGCUGUUAUCGGAAAAGAUAAUUCGCCGUUGUACAUUGGUGGCAUCGGCAACGACACCAGCAGCGACAAUGAGCUGUCCCGGCAGUGGCUCGUGCACACGGCGCUGGACGCCCUGGAGGAGAGGCUCACCACUGCGAACCCUAACAAUUCAGGAACGAACACAACCACUGCCCGAACUGAUCUGCGGGACUUGUAUUUAGGAUUACUGUUUUCUACAGAUACUCAUAAAAUUUACGGCUACGUCACAAAUACUCGUAUCAAACUAGUUCUGGUGACCAGCUCCACGUCGCCGAGCGGCAGUAACAUCAGGGAUGCCGAAGUAAGGACGGCGCUGCGCAGGCUGCACGCUCUGUACGCUGACGCCAUAUGCAAUCCAUUCCAUUUACCCGGUGAUCAAAUUACUUCACCGAAAUUCGACAAGCAAGUCAAGAAUAUAAUGCUCAACAAUGUUUGAACCUUGAAGAAAAUUAAAUUAUUUAAAGUAGCUAAACAUUGUCUGUAUUUGUACAUGUCAUAUUGUUAAAUAAAAAGUAAAAUCUAACGUUCAUA